CUUCUAACCCUUUUUUCUCUCUCUUUAAACACCAGACCAGAUCUAGCAAGCAGAAAACGCCGCCCAGCUCAGCCUACUGAACCCAAACCGACUCUACGAAACAACCAUGUCCGACGAGGAGCCAUCGGUAUCCGGACGGCGGCGCGCACGGGGCGCCGUCGCAUCGGCCCGCUCAGAAGCUCUCGAGCGUCUCAAGGCGCUCCGCCGCCGCGAUCAGGACGCCGCCGGAUUCCAGAUCAAGAUGGAGCAGCCGAUCUACGACACCGUCGAUGAAGACGAGUACGAGGCACUAGUCGCCAAGCGCCGUGAGGAAUCCAAGGGUUUCAUCGUCGACGACAACGGCUUAGGGUACGGCGACGAAGGCCAGGAGGAGGACUGGUCAAUUGCCGGCGCCGCCUUGUCCUCCGAAGAAUCCGAGGGGGAAUCGGAGAGGUCGAAGAAGAAGAAGAGCAAAAAGGCUCUCAAUUCGGAUAAGGAAGCGGCGAAGAAACCUUCUCCGUUGGCCUCUGCUGCGGCGUUGAUGGGUAAGCAGAGGAUUUCUAAUAUGUUUACUUCGUCCGUGUUUAAGAAGGAUAUACAGAAGAAUGUUUCGUGUGAUAGCAUUGUUGAUGAUUUGAUUGCGGAGUUUGCGCCUGAUGAGAGUGAUAGGGAGAGGAGAAGGAGAGCCAAUUCUACCAAUUUAGGUUUGAAUAAAUCUAGUAAUUUGCCUGUGAAAAUUGAGAAGCCUUUUGUAAGUAACACUGAUACGAUUAAGAAGGAAUUUCAUGAGACUAGCACCGGCCUCGGUGAUGUGGUUUUUGAUCCUUCUGAAAAAUGUAACAGUAUCAUAGGUGAGGGUAAUAGCUCCAUCGAUGCCGAGAAAGUAUUGGAUGCAGCUGAUAUGAUGAGAAAUGAGGGAACAGAGGAAAGAAUUGAAACUGUGAAAAAUGAGUUAUUGGUUAGUGACUGUGAAGGGGAGAAGGUAGAGAAAAAGGUGUAUUCUCUCAAUGCAAAACUUGAAGAGGCAAAGGAUCCAGCUCUGAGUGCUAAUGUAGAGUGGCAAGCACUAAGUGCUGGUAUUGUUGAUUGUAAGGGGACUGGGACUGGGCUCGGAGGGAAUCAGGGAAGCAGUGAGGAGAAAUUGGACUUUGAAGUGGAGUCCGAUGGAUCUCUGUCUUUUUAUAUACUUGAUGCUCAUGAGGAAAUCUAUGGUGCAAAUGCUGGGAAUGUUUAUCUCUUUGGAAAGGUCAAAUCAGGAGGUACAUACCAUAGCUGUUGCGCAGUUGUGAGGAAUAUGCAGAGAUGCGUUUAUGCAGUCCCAACUGUUUCUUUAAUUCACAACGAGGCAGUUAUUGUGCUUGAAAAGGAAAUUGAAGAUUCACAAACAUCCAUCGUGACUUCUAAGGAUAAAAUGGCAAAGCAUGGUAUGAAUGGUGAAAAGCUUGCAGAGAUAGAGAAAGAUCUAGAAGAGUCACAAAAAUCCCUCAUGACUUCUCAAGCCAGACUACGAGCUAAACUGCAUGAGUCGGUGUCAGAACUGAAGGCUGAAAUAACAAAGGAGUUAUUGCAACGGAAUGUCUCAACUUUCAGAAUGGCACUUGUCAAGAGAAACUAUGCAUUUGAACGAACAGACAUACCCCACGGGGAGAAUUAUUUUCUAAAGAUCAAUUAUCCAUUCAAGGAUACCCCACUUCCAUCAGAUCUCAAAGGGAACAACUUCCGUGCUUUGCUUGGAACUCAUAAUAGUGGGCUGGAAAUGUUUCUAAUUAAAAGGAAAAUAAAGGGACCAUUGUGGCUAUCAAUCUCAAAAUUCUCCAGCUGCACAACUUCUCAACGAGUGAGCUGGUGUAAGUUUGAGGUUACUAUUGAUUUUGCAAAGGACAUUCACGUUUCAACUUCAUCAAAGACUGUCUCAGAGAUUCCCCCAGUAGUGGUUACAGCUAUAAAUUUGAAAACUAUUAUCAAUGAGAAGCAGAAUGUAAAUGAAAUUGUCUCUGCCUCUGUCAUUUGCUGCCACAGGGCCAAGAUUGAUACUCCUAUGGAUAUCUCAGACUGGACCCGUCCAGGUAUGCUUAGCCGUUUUACUGUCGUGCGCAAACUUGAGGGAGGCAUAUUUCCUAUGGGUUUUACUAAGGAGGCAGCUGACAGAAAUACAAAGGCACGGUCAAAUGUUAUUUGCUAUGAGAGCAGUGAAAGGGCUCUAUUAAAUCGUCUGAUGAUUGAGUUGCACACAUUAGAUAGUGAUGUUCUAGUUGGGCACAAUAUAUCUGGAUUUGACCUGGAUGUUCUUCUCCACAGAGUUCAGGCUUGCAGGGUUCCCAGCAACAUGUGGUCUAAAAUAGGCCGUCUUAAACGCUCUACCAUGCCCAAACUUCAGAAAAAGGGGAAUUCAGUAUUUGGUUCAGGAGCAAGUCCAGGAAUCAUGUCCUGCAUUGCCGGGCGUCUCUUAUGUGAUACAUACAUUUGUUCGCGGGACCUAUUAAAAGAGGUGAGCUACUCCCUGACACAACUAGCAAAAACACAGCUAGAUAAGGACCGUAAGGAAAUUAAUCCACAUGAUAUCCCAAAGAUGUUUCAAAGUUCUGGAUCACUUAUGGAACUUAUUGAGUACGGGGAAACAGAUGCAUGGUUAUCGAUGGCACUCAUGUUCCAUCUGAGUGUUCUUCCCUUGACACGUCAAUUGACUAACAUCAGUGGAAAUCUUUGGCAUAAAACUCUCCAGGGGGCAAGGGCUCAAAGAGUCGAAUAUCUUUUGUUGCAUUCAUUUCAUGCCAGGAAGUUUAUUGUUCCAGACAAAUUUUCUGCUCAAUCCAAAGAUACAAAGACUAUAAAGCGUAAAACUAGUGCUGGCAUCGAGAGCAUAGAGAAUGAUCCUGAUGACACAAAUUUUGAUGAGGCUCCAGAAGAUUCUCAUGGAAAGACCAAGAAGGGACCUUCCUAUUCAGGUGGAUUAGUGCUGGAGCCAAAGAAAGGACUCUAUGACAAAUAUAUAUUACUUCUGGAUUUCAACAGUCUCUACCCUUCUAUUAUUCAGGAAUACAAUAUUUGCUUUACUACUGUUGAAAGAUCUCCUGAUGGAUCGCUUCCCCACCUACCCUCUAGUAACAAAAUGGGAGUACUACCGGAGUUGCUUAGGAAUUUGGUCGAGAGAAGAAGAAUGGUAAAAUCAUGGUUAAAAACAGCAACCGGUCCCAAAGUUAAACAACUCGACAUACAGCAGCAAGCUCUAAAGCUGACUGCCAACAGCAUGUACGGGUGUCUGGGAUUCUCCAACUCAAGAUUCUAUGCAAAACCCUUAGCAGAACUAACAACAUUACAAGGAAGGGAGAUUUUACAGAGCACUGUUGAUCUUGUACAAAAUACUCUAAACUUAGAGGUUAUUUAUGGAGACACGGAUUCAAUUAUGAUAUAUAGUGGACUUGAUGAUAUUGGAAAAGCUAAAUCGAUAGCGGGGAAGGUCAUUCAGGAGGUGAACAAGAAAUAUAAGUGCCUUGAGAUUGAUCUUGAUGGCUUGUACAAAAGAAUGCUUUUGCUCAAGAAGAAGAAAUAUGCAGCCGUCAAAAUGCAAUUGAAGGAUGGUGCAUUGGUUGAGGUCAUUGAGCGCAAAGGUCUUGAUAUGGUUCGCCGUGACUGGAGUUUGCUGUCUAAGGAAUUAGGAGAUUUUUGUCUCAGUCAGAUAUUAUCUGGCGGUUCCUGUGAUGAUGUUGUUGAAGUUAUACACAACUCCCUCAUGAAGAUACAAGAGGAAAUGAGGAAUGGACAAAUACCACUCGAAAAAUAUGUGAUCACAAAGACACUAACCAAACCACCUGAAGCAUAUCCUGAUUCCAGAAGUCAGCCUCAUGUAGAGGUAGCACUUAGACUGAAGAGAAGUGGUUACGCGACUGGUUGUUCUGCUGGAGAUACAGUACCUUAUGUCAUUUGCUGUGAGCAGGGAACUGGUUCUACUUCGUCAGUUGGAAUCGCCCAGCGAGCAAGACAUCCUGAUGAACUGAAAAAGGACAAUGGAAACUGGAUUGUUGACAUUGACUAUUACCUAGCCCAGCAGAUUCACCCCGUAAUAUCUCGUCUAUGUGCAUCGAUUCAAGGUACAAGUCCAGCGCGUUUGGCUGAUUGUUUGGGGCUUGACUCAUCAAAGUUCCAGAAUAAAUCAAUUGAUUCUUCCAGCAACGAUCCAUCCAGCUUGCUAUCAUUUGUAUUGGAUGAUGAAGAGAGAUAUCGUGGUUGUGAACCUUUGGUUUUAUCGUGCCCAAGCUGCUCGGGCACCUUUGGAUGCUCGCCAAUAUUGACCUCAGUUUGUACGUAUAUCAAUACCAAACCAGAAGAUGUGCAAGCAGGAUCUGAUAAUUUCUGGCACAAAUUGUGCUGUCCAAGGUGCCCAGAAGGAGAUGCUGGGAAAAUAACUCCUGCCACUAUAGCUAACCAGGUGAAAAGACAAGCCGAAAGAUUCGUCUCGAUAUAUUACAAGGGCCUGAUGAUGUGUGAUGAUGAAACGUGCAACUACACUACACGCGGUGUGAAUCUUCGUGCACAAGGGGAUUCCGAGAGAGGAACGACUUGUCCAAACUAUCCUCGCUGUAAUGGACACCUCAUCAGAAAGUACACGGAAGCAGAUUUAUAUAGACAGCUGACAUACUUUUGCUACACAUUAGACACGGUGCGCUGCAUUAGCAAGAUGGAGGCGGAUAAGAGAUUGGCUGUGGAGAAAGAAGUAGCAAGAAUCCGGCCUCUGGUUGAAAUGGCAGCGUCGACAGUUGAGAAGAUGCGCGAUAGAUGCGCUUAUGGAUGGCUUCAGCUCAAAGACUUUGUUGUUUUAGUUUAGCUUUCAAAGUAAAGGUUUUGUUAUUCUUUGCAUUGUAUUUGUGAUCUGAUCUGUGUAUGCCAAAAUGUUGUAACCAAAAACUACUCUUACUAAGAGUAUAAAUUAUAGGGGCUGAUUAAUUAUUUUGGAGCUCUUUAGUUAA